GAUCAGCGGCAGGCACGCCGAAAGGUGGCCGUUUCCAAAGGGGAGCAUAACUUGACCUGCCCACAACCAAGUCACAGAAACACUCAUGCUGCAUGCAUACUUCUUUCUGUAAAAUAAUUUAAAAAAAAUUUAGUUCAUUGAAAAGGUGAAUUUCUUCCUCCGACGCCGAUUCAUUUGACCUUGGAAAAUCGCUCGUUGUUUUGCUACGGAGAAACGUCAAACUUCAAAAUCAAAACAAACACAUGUGCACACGUUUUUACAAGAGGCACGCGGCUCAAGUAUUCCAAUUGCGGUUUAGUUAAUUUGGUGUUAAGGACAAAUCGUUCACGUCGGGCACACAAUGAAGAAAAGGCCAGCAACUCUAUCGGACAAAUUGAACAAGCUUUUCGCGCCGGAAGAGCAACAGUCCGAAGAGUCUGGUGAUGAGACAGCACCCAAGUUCAGUGAGUUUGAUGAAACACCGGACGAUGUGGGCAAGGAUGCGGCCUUAAGUGAGUUCCGCAAGCGAAACAUUCGUUUCCUGGAAGAGUUUGACCGGAAGUAUAAGGGUGCCGUAUCUUCGCGAAGUGAAACGUUCGACGAUGACGACGAUGACGGUGGGUCUGGCGAGGAUGAUGAGGAAGAGUCCGACGGGGCCGAGGAUGAUGAGGACACCGACGAAGAAGAAGAUAGAAAACGGGUUCAAAGGAGCAAACCCAAAUCGCUUGUGCUUCUAAAACCACCUCAAAGCGAAGAAGAAGAGGAUGAUGAUGAUAAUGAUGAUUCUGGGGAAGAAGAUUACGAAGAAUCAACAGAUGACGAUCAGGAAUCCUUGGCAGACUACACGGAAAGCCGAAGUAAGCCACAAUCUUCGGCCCAACAGAUGACACUAAUCAAGGAAGAGAACCGCCAGGAAACGAUCAACAAAGGUUUGGCGGUACAGAACCAACUAAAAGUCUGGGAACGUUUGCUAGAAAUGCGCAUCAAGGUGCAGCCCUGCCUAAUUGCCUCCAACAGUUUGCCACCGUCGUCAUCGGCGUGCCGAAAUCUCGCUUCGCAGAAUGAAGAAUUUCGUCAAAAGUCGGAACAAGCGACCAAAACCAUUUCCGAAACGAUGGAUCGAUUGCUCGAACUUCAGGAAGUUCUUCUGGGGCGAUUUUCCGAGACGAAAACCCUACUCAAGAGUGGGUCAAAACGGAAAGCACCAUCGUCUUCCAAAGCAGGGUCAAAACCGAAACAGGCGGCACUGGACGAAUACGAGCAGCUACUUGCUAGUAGAUGCAAGGACAUGGAGGAGUACCGUAACAGCGUGCUAAUGAAAUGGCACGAUCGGACAAACAUUGCGUCUAAGAUGAGAAACAAUCCUAGGCAGUCACUGUCGGUGUUGAAGAAAAUCGAAGAAAGUCUUAUUAAUCGUGAUGAAUUGGUGCGUAAAACGCAACUCUAUCGUGGCGGUUAUACGCUACUAGGAAGGGAGGUUUCAUCGGCGGCCAGUGAGCAGCGAAAGGACGACGGAGCCGAUGGGACGCCGGAGCAGACGCCAAGCUCAGUGUACGAUGGGGAAAUAUUUGACGAUUCCGAUUUUUACCAUCAAAUGCUGCGGGAGCUGAUCGAGUACAAAACCAGCACAACCGACAGUCCGCAGGAGAUUGCCAACAAGCUGGCGGAGCUGCAGAAACUGCGCAACAAGAUGAAGAAAACGGUCGACACGAAAGCAUCAAAGGGCCGCAAAAUACGGUACGUUGUGCAUAACAAGCUGGUUAACUUUAUGGCGCCCGUGCCCGAUUACGACUGGACGGAUGAGGCAAAGGAUGAGCUGUUUGGCUCGCUGUUCGGCCAAACACCUGCAACGGAAGAGCGAUAGAUGGUUGACCGAAGCGUGGAACAUUGUUUGCAGCCUAGAAAACGAAUGCAAUAAACAUGAAGAGGCGGAAAUGUUAAAGAGAAAGCGCCGUCUUGUUGCGGAAACCCAACCAAAACACAGGAAGUUUACGAGAAAAAACUGUACAUUGUUCAGCUAUUUGUGUAAGCCAGACGUGUUGAGCAAGCAAUUGCUUUUUGCUGACUAUGUUUAAGUUACACCAUCGAUAAGCGUGACAAGCAUCGACCAUGUACCUCCCGCGGGAAUUAUGUCGCGCGAUGACGUGAUGACCGAAUGGGCUACCAGCCACACGUAUGCAUUAGCUAAAUGGACUAGCUUUUGGAAGAGCUUUGUUUGGUUGAUUGUACAAUCAUACAAGACGGUUAGGAGGCCGGAAGCGGUUAUAGAAUGUUCUGCAACCAACGGCAAACGACGGCGCAUCCGGCUUUUCUCUGCAACAAAAUCAUGCAGCCAAGUAUAUUGGCCUACACACGAGAGACGACCGCAUUACGUUUGUUAUUAGAUCCUUUCUGUUUAUUAAAAAAAAUGCUCUCACAGUGCACACAAUGAAGAAAGGGAACGUAAGAAUGAAAACGUAGGACAGAUGAUGACCGGGCCGCGAU